AUGGUAGUAAAUUCGCAGAAGAAUUUGAAUUUACAUAAAUUCAAAUUUAUACGAAUAUAUAACAAAAUAUUUAAAGCAGUUGUUAACCAUUUGGUUACACUUAAAUAUGGAAAGAUAAAGCGUCGUUCGGUAGUUCAACUAUCCUCAAAAUUAAUUCUUCCACCAAUGGAAAUGGAAAUGGCUGAACGAUGGCAUAUGAACUGGGAAUAUGUUGUGUACCGCAUAUCACAUGGUCUACAUUUUGCUAUCAUGAAAAAUAUCGCUGAUAUAACACCUCAACAGAGAGUUAUUUAUAUACGUACACAGAAAUGUUAUCCACGACGAUUCAUACGAUCAAAUAUUGCACUUGUACAGAAAAAGAAAAUUCUCAAAGCAUCGGAAUCAAAUUCAAUUAAAAUGUGUACCGUUGAUCGAGGUGAACCAUGUCAUGUCAAAAAUAUCAAUAUUUCUGAGAAACGAAAAUGUAUAGCUAUCAAUGAUUAUUCAACAUCUGAACAUAUUGGCAGGUGUUCAUCUAGAUCAACCCUAAUUAAAUGUGAUUGUUGUUAUGAUACAAUAGAAACUGAAUGA